AGCAAGUAUAGACAGAGGAAGACUACUAACAUAAAAAAGCAGAAGGCAACCUUAAGAUUUUUUCACGCUGUCGAAUUUCGAGACGGGUGCAGGGAAAGUUUUGAAUUACUCCUGUGAUUGAAAGUUUAAUCUUCGAUUACCUGGUAGCGUAGAGAUUCGUGAGCUAUAAUUGGUUGGUUAAAAAGUUGUCGAAUGUGAACAAAAAAUCCCACUUAUAAUGCUGGAUUUGCAUGUCUAGGCUUUUUUUCUUCCAUUAUGUCGCUUGGCAGACGAAAGUGGAGCAAUCAAGCGCUGCUGCAGUUUGAUGUGUUGGUGCGACUGAUUGAGUAAUACGCAAGAAACUAGUUAUUACAGUGUGUGUGCUCCUACUGUGGGUGACAGGUAUGACAGUAGCAACAACGGUGAAGGUGACGCGCUUGAACAGAGAAUCGUUUCUCGGUGAAAAAAUUGAAGCUCAUAAAGUUUACGCGGAAUAUUCGGUUAUAAGGUUGAAAAAAUCAACGAUAGGCUUUAAAAAACAAACAAAUCUCAAAUUUUUUGUUUUGUGAUUGUUGAAUAAGCAAAAAGUAUAGCGGUGAUAAUAAAAGGUGCAAAGUGAUUGCGUUAAGAGCAUGAUACAGCCAUAGUAAAAAACAUCGAUUUUACUAAAAUCAGCAGUUAGCGAAAUGGCUUACUAUCAAAUCGUUCCGACUGAUGAUUUGAAAAAUUUGUACACACAACUGAAUAUUGAAAAUGGAGGCAUUCAAUUGGUAAUGGGAGACGAUGUUCAAUUCGGUUCACAACAAGUGAUAUUAGCUCCAGAACAGUCGGAUUUAAUUUUGAACGAAAAUAACCAGCAUCAAUUGCCGCAAAUUGUGUAUCAAGCCCAGCAGACACAACAACCACAGGCUCAACCUCAUCGGCCGCAAGCGCAACAGCACGAAACCCAUUAUUUAAUACAGCAGGAAGAUGGAGCGUUGACGGAGGCAUUUGGGCAGCCUAGUCAGACUCAACAUAUCUAUUAUUCGGAAGCCCCUGGUGAGAAUUCUCAAAUGAUUCCGGCUAAUUUGGUCCACGAACAGUCCCAACAGACUACACUGCAUACGAUGCAAACCGCUGCAGAACAAAUUCAACAGCAGCAACAACAGCAGCAGCAACAAGUUUUACAGGUGGUUCAUGGUGUUCCGCGAUCAGGCCAGCAGAUAAUAUUGCGGCAGCAACCUCAGGAACCACCUAAAUCACAGCCACAACAAGCACAGAUAGCUAUCCAACAACCGCAACAACAUAUUCUUACACAUCAACCACAGACACAAGUUAUCCUUCAACACCAACCUGCGCAUCAGAUUGUUCAUCGACAGCCGCAGCAGCAGCCGCAACAUCAAAUCAUUUAUGAACAUGUACAGCAGCAGGGACACGCUGUACAGCAGAAUAUUCAGCUCGCACCCCAGUUGGUACAUCAAACUAUUCCAUCUCAGUCCGUUCCGCAAUUGCAACAACCGACGCAGCGCGUUAGUAUCCAAAAAUUGACCCCACAACAGCAACAACAAUAUUUACAACAACAAUUACAUCAUCAACAGCAACAACAAGUAAUCCAACAACCAGGUCAAAUCUUGCAACAACAAUCCGGCAUACGUCCCUGCUUAAUCAUCACUAAACCUCAGAAUCCACAGGUGCAACCAAACACCGUAGCAGUUGCUUCUCAUCCUCCUUCUACUCAACAGCAGCAACAGUCGCAGGUUCCGCAAACUCAAACUACGCAAAGCGCUCCGCGGGCUCGCAAUUAUCGACCUAGGCCACCUAAGAAUUCUAAUCCACGUCCUCGAGCCAAUGUUCCAGUUACGCCUAUAGCAUCGAAUCAGUCACAAGUUCGUCCAGUUCGUCCUGCUGCUCCUACGACAAAGGUAUCGCAACAGUCGGUAAUACGUCAACCUGGUGUUGUCCAACAGCAGCCACAUGUUCAACUUCAGCAGCAGCAGCAACAACAGCAGCAGCGAGCAAAUAUUAUUCUCACCAGCACUGGACAAAAAAUAGUUACUCUGACAAACAGACAGCAACAGUUGGUGCCUACAACGUUUGCCGCAGCCAAAGGAACUCAGGUUAAAAGAGUAGUUGCAACUUCUACAUCACAAUCUUCCCAAGCGCCACAGAAUUCCCAACCACAACAAGCACCAGCGGACAGUGCCACUCAACAGUUACAACAAAUACAGAAACCUGAAAACUUUGCAAAUGACUUGGAAGAUCUGGAGGAUAGUAUUCAGGCAGCCGUUGUUGCCAAAGCUCCGCCCAACUCGACAUCGGCGGGUUCCCAGCAACAAGCAGUGAUGGAUCAAACCACUACUUAUGCACAACCAUCGAUUUCUUCUAUGCAGCAAACGCAACCACAGCCAUCGGCACAAGUUGUACAGCAGCCUCCGCAGUUGGCUCAACAACAAACCCAACAGCAAUCUCAGCAAACACUACCGUCUCCCUUUGAUGAUCCCAAUAAUAUAAUUCAACUGGGAAAUGGACAAACAAUGACGGCAGUACAAUUCCGACAAUUUCAGGAAAAACAACAGCUGCGCCAACAGGAGAAUCUUCGAGGUGGCUUUACACAGCGUGGUCGAAAUGUCAUGACUGCACGUGGUAUGGUGAUUCGAAAGUCUAUACCUCUGAACCGACAGCAACUUGCUCUUCAACAACAACAACAACAACAGCAGCAGCAACAACAACAACAGAACACUCAAAUGCAGUUAUCGCAGCAGCAUCAUCUUAUGCAGCAACAACAAAUGGUCCAACAGCAACAACCACCACCUCCACCACCACCACCUCCACCACCACCACCACCCGAGCCAGAACCACGCGAAAGUGCUAAAAUGUUAGUUAUCUUGCAAAGCGGCGAGCAACGAUUGAUUACUUUCACCUUACCGAAGGAAAGCUGCACUGUGCAGGAGCUGUUAGAACAAGUUGGUGUUCAAUUUUCUCCUGAUAGCAACAUCCAGUGUAUCUCGAAUCCAGGUGCCGACAUCGAUUAUAUCGUAACAGUUGGUGUUACUAUGCAAGAAACUACUGAGUACCUAAAGGCAGCUGAGAAUACUAUUAAAAGUCAACAGCAGCAGCAGCAGCAACAACAGCAACACCAGCAGAUGCAACAGCAAACACAAAUCGUUCAACAGCAACAAAUGGUUCAGCAGCAGCAAUUGGCUCAACAACAGCAACAGCAGCAACAACAGCAUCAGCAGCAAAUACACCAGCAAUCGUUGCAUCAUCAAGCCCCGAUGGGUACUGCACCUCAGCAACAAUUACAACAAACGCCUUCUCACCAUCAGCAAUCACGUUUCAAUGAUUCGUUUCGAGCUACAAUGACCCCAUCUACCCCAGCGGUGCAUUCUCAGGCGUCACAGCAUUCUUUGGUUGUAGAAACACCAAAGAUAAGCGUUGAACAGAGUGAUUCCAAGAAAGAACCGCCAGUAAAGAUUGUAAAAGGUUUUCUUGCCGUGUGUCAAACUUGCGGUUAUACCGGAAUUGAUCAUGCUAAAUGUCAGCGUUGCAAACGUAUUUUCACUGAUCCACCUCGCAGGAUACCGGAACCUGACAAACCAAUGAUAUCGCCACAUCCACCACCACUGGUUCCGACGGCUACGUCAACCCCGGUUCAUACAAAAGUAUUACUGUCGAGUGACAAAGCUGGUUUAGUUGGCGGUCCUGAACGUGAAUCAUUAGUUGGUAUUAAGGGAGUAACAUUGCAGAAGAAGACAUCACAGAACUCACUCGGAAAUAUGUUGUCUAUUCGGGGUAUGGCGCGAGGCGGUGCGUCGGCUGCACGCGGAGGCCGAGGUGGUCGUGGUAGGGGUACGUCUUCCAAGUAUCAGGAUGUGGAGCCGGUGGUUUUCACUCUGAGCAGUGACGACGAGGACCACGAAUCAGCUGAUAAGGCUAAAAAUGGAGGCAACGUGGCACCGGUAUGCGGCCCACAGAGGGCACCAACACCAAAGGUUAUGGAAAAACGUGAACCACUUAAAUGUGAGCCAGUGAUAAAUGAGAAUGAUAGAAUUGAAGGACUACACCGGUUAGAUGUAACCGAUGUCAAAAAUAUGCCGGAUGGUCUCAUAACGCAUCUCGACUGCCGUACGAUACGGAUAGGCACGUUGAAGUACGACACCAAUGAAAAGGUUACUAUUUCAUCUCGUGGCAUACGCAUCAUAGCACCAAAUGUGAAGCGAUUGAACGAAAAUUGUAUACUCGAUCUACAACUAACAGAGAUCGUCAAGGCCGUAGUACAUUUUUCUAAAGUACUAAAUGUGAUGUUUUUGUAUACACUUCCGUCGUGCAGCGAAUACAUUCGCUUAAGCUUAGAAAUGGGGACGAAACCAGAAGAUAAACUUCCGUAUUUCAAUCCGCUCAGUCGGCAUGAUGAUACUCAUCGCCGAAUAACGUUGGUGAUGGAUUGUAUUACUGAGGAAUCUAAAUCAAUUGUCAAAAGUAUCAUGCUUACUGAAAAACUGGAGGAAAUCUCAGCAAGGGAUGCAAACGAGCUAUUAUUGCGCUCUUGCGGCAAUCACAAAGGGUUGGAAAAUAAUUCAAAUAAUACUGCAGGUGCCAACUCUGGCGAUAUGACAGAGAUUAGAAAAAUUCUUAUUUACCCUCAGGGCAAGGGUGGAAUUUCUAUCAACACCGAAGAUUACAUGUGCUUGGCUAUCGACCAGUAUUUAAAUGAUGUUAUUAUCGAUUUUUAUCUAAACUAUCUAAAACUGGAACUGCUCAAGGAUGAUGAAAGGCGCAGUGUCCAUAUAUUUAGUACUUUUUUCUAUAAACGGUUGACAACUAUUGGAACACGACACCGUGGACAGGAAAAGGAUGCUAAGCUGACAGCUUCGCAAAAACGACAUGCUCGUGUUGCUAGCUGGACUAAGAAAGAGAACAUUUUUGAAAAGGAUUUUGUUGUGAUUCCCAUAAAUGAACAGUCGCACUGGUUUUUAGCAAUAAUUUGUUUUCCUGGACUCGAAAUGCCCGUUUCGUUAAACAGCAAUACUCCAACACCAAUCCGACGAAAAAAGGCCACCCCGAAGAACAACAAAAACAUAACACUCCAAAUAGGAAAUACUACGAUCACUCCUGUCUCCAAAAGAGAGAUGGAAUCGAUUAAUCUAGGGGACGAUGAUAUGAGCGAGCGUGACGAAGCCGAAGGCGAUGACAGUGAGUUGGCCAGUGAUAUGGAAGAGACAGAUGACGAACCAACUGACGGGAAGCAACCAGUUAAACAGCCAAUCAUUCUUAUAUUUGAUUCUUUAACGGGUGCAUCAAGAAGUCGAGUAGUAGCUACACUACGAGAUUAUCUGACAUGCGAGUAUAAGAACAAAAUGCCAAACAAGCCACCAAAAGUGUUCAACAAAAAUAAUAUGCCAGGACACUGUGUGAAAGUACCGCAACAGAACAACUUUACAGAUUGCGGCCUUUACCUCCUGCAAUAUGUUGAGCACUUCUUUUUGGAUCCUAUUAAAGAUUACCGUAUACCGAUCAAAUUACAAGAUUGGUUUGACACCAUUACGGUGACAAAAAAGAGAGAAGAUAUAUCGAAUCUACUGAAGGAUCUUAUUAAAAAGCACAAUCCUAGUGGAUUACCUUUGCCGGAUAUAACAUUUCCGACUUUAAAUGGCAAGCUGAUAAUAGAUCCCGAGGAUAACUUCAAUGAUGCGGAGUUCGAAGAGGAAGAGCUAGAUGAUUCAUAUAACCCUGCCACAGAAUCGUCCAGCAAUGAACGGUUAACUUCAACCGAAGAAGAAACAGCGAAAGUCGUUGCUACAGUGGUACCGAAGAAGGCAAUCAAGCUGAAAAGGUUUAACUCUUCGAAUCUUCCUUCGGUUGUAUCAUCUUCUACUGGAACAGCACUUGUGGGGACGUUGGGUGCGGUUUCCACUUCUAACUGCAGUGGUCAGUCAAUUCUAGCUGUAUCCCAAAAACGAGCUCUGGAGAAUAGUGGUAGCAAAACGAACACAGACUGUAGUAGUAUAAGGCCCAAGGCACCGAAGAUCAGUGAUAGCCCUAAUAAAAUAGUUACUACACAAAACUAGAGAAUAAAUGAAUUUGAAGCUGAGAGCGUGUGAAUGCUGGACAGGAUGUUGGAAAAUACGUAAUAGGAAGUUCUGGAUGCUCUCGUUUAAGUGACGUCAUUGAAGCAGGUCUAUCUAUAUAAAAGGUAUCUUGGUAGCAAUGAUGUUAAAAAUUAUACAAAAUUUAGUGCACAAAAGCUGGCUUCGAAUUGUUCCUAGACGCAUGACUUUCCUAAAAGUGAAUACUAAGAAAAUGUAUAGUUAUAAUUUUGGAAAAAAUAAUGGACAUGGAGAAACACAUUUUUCGUGUUGUCCUAUGUUUGAGCUGUAAAAGUGAUAACUUACAUGUUUUAUUUAACUAGAUGUGUACUGUAAAGUUUUACUACUCAGAAAUACAUAACCAAACUUAAAUGCAGGCGGUAA